AUGGGCAGCGCCGCCACCGCCUCGCCGCCGCCACCGCCGUCCGGGAAUCUGACGCAGGACGAGCUGAAGCGCGUGGCGGCGCACCGCGCGGUGGAGUUCGUGGAGCCCGGCAUGACGCUGGGCCUGGGCACGGGCUCCACGGCGGGCCACGCGCUGGACCGCCUGGGCGACCUCCUCCGCGCGGGCGCGCUGCCGGGGGUCGCCGGCGUGCCCACCUCCCUCAAGACGGAGGCCCACGCCGCCCGCGUCGGGAUCCCGCUGCUCCCGCUCGAGGACGCCGCCUCGGCCUCGGGCGCCGGCGGCAUCCGCCUCUCCAUCGACGGCGCCGACGAGGUCGACCCGGACCUCAACCUCGUCAAGGGCCGCGGCGGGUCGCUGCUCCGGGAGAAGAUGGUCGAGGGCGCCGGCGACCGGUUCGUCGUCAUCGUCGACGAGUCCAAGCUCGUGCCCAGGCUCGGCUGCACGGGCGCCGUCCCCAUCGAGGUCAUCCCCUUCGGCGCGCCCCACACGCUGGGCCUCAUCCGCAAGGUGUUCGACGGAGUGCUCGGCUUCCACGCCAGGCUCAGGACGGUCCCCGCCCCAAGGGGAUGGCUUGGACGCGCCGUUCCUCACCGACAACGGCAACUACAUCGUGGAGAUGUUCUUCGAGGACGUAUACCAUAUGGAUCUGAUAUUCCCUUUGAAUUUGAAUGUGAAACUCAUUUGAGGUUUACUUUUGUUUGUGUGAUGACAUUAGGAGUUAACUGCUGGUCCAUAGAUUUGGAAGGACAGAAUGCUGAGCACAGUACAAUUUGCUCCUGGGCCUUGAUGCAAAGAUGGCUGAAGCACCUUUCAGGCUUCUGGCAGUUAUGGAACUGCGAAGUGCUCAUGUGGUAUUUCUUUUGUCCUCAAAGCAGAUGUGGACCCUGUGCUCGCACUAUUUUGCCUGUUUAUUUCAGUGCCAGGGGUGAACUUGCAAAGUGCCAGCAAAAGUUAGCACAGAUACUGUCCCACAUUACCAAGAUUGCUGAAGAGUUCAAUGUUGCUGAUCCAAGAUUGUUUAUUGAUUAA